GACAACGGUGCAGCGCUGCAAAACCUCCCCGAGAGCCACGUCUCUAAUUCAAAUAACAGAAUCUGCUGGAGGGAGAGAACAUACUGAACCAACCGGGACACAGAGGUAACAAAGGCCCGUCUCGACAUGAAGGUGGUUUUCGCCGCGGUGUUUGCGUUCAUCCUCCCGCUGAUCGCGGCUCAGGUUCCUCACUGGGGUCCAUGUCCGGAGCCGGAGGUUCAACCGGCCUUCGACCUGAAACAGUUCAUGGGGAGAUGGUUUGAAAUUGCCAAACUGCCGGCCCAGUUUGAGAAGGGUCGGUGCAUCGAAACCAAUUUCACUUUGAAGACAGACAAGUUGAUUCGAGUGGUCAGCUCUGAAAUACUAAAAGCAAAGCUGAAGAAGAUCGAAGGGGCCGGCGUCAUCGAGGACAUGAAGAACCCGGCUAAACUGGGGAUAAGUUAUUCCUACGUUCUGCCCUACUCCCCUUACUGGAUCCUGUCCACUGACUACGUGAACUCGGCCCUGGUGUACUCCUGCACCGACAUCCUGAGGCUUUUCCACGUCGACUUCGCCUGGAUCCUGGGCCGAACACGAACCCUGCCGGAAGCCACCAUGGAGAAAGCCAUGGAGGUCUUUGCGAAGAACGACAUUGACGUGAGCAGGAUGAUUCCCAGCAAGCAGAAGGACUGUGACAAAACUGUCUAAGCAGUGAUUGAAAUGCAGCAGAAGAUGGUGCUGUUGUUGACAGGAGAUACAAUUAUUUAUCUCUUCCAUAAAAAUGUUCAUCAACAUAUGAAAAUGUAUUAUUUUUAAAGGUUUUAUACACCUCUAAAACUGUCUUGUGAUGAAAUAUUAUUUUAUGUCUUGAGACAUUAUUUUCACUUCAAUUAUACCCUGAACAACAUUUAGAGUUAAAGGUUGCCAGUGAUGUUUAUGUUAUGCAUAAAACAAAUGGUAGGCUAUGGUGAUAAACUGCAAGCUUUAUUGCGGUAUUAUAAUGUGUUAUGGAACCGUAUGUAAAUUCAUAUCAAUUCCCAAUUUCACAAAUUUUAUAUCUGCCACAGGACGCUUUACAAGCUGACCUUUCUGGACCCUUACGUCAGACAAUGACAAACACCUCGAAAAAGAAAAAAGAACCUUUGCUAAAAACAAGCUAUAAAGCAAAAUGAUACAUGAAAUAUGAACAUACUGUACAUGAAAAAGAUGAAUUCAGGAGGAUGUUUUGCAGUUGUCAAAAUAGACCUGAUAUUAAAGAUGCCAAGUUUAUAAACUAAAUUAGGCCAUCAUUUGACCCAUUACAGCUCACCUGAACACCUGAAGCGGAACCUUUGUGUCUUCUACUAACCUCUGUGUCGGAUUUAUUUUUAAAGCCCACCGCAUCAACUUGUCUGUGUGUGGCCACUUUUCUGUAGCUUCUCUAGUUUAUCAUUUGAUGAAUAGUUCGCGAUAGCACCCCAUGGUUCAUCGAUGCACCCUAAGGAUCAUUCAAUCUUAACCGCGGCCAUGAAACCAGCGGUGGAUGAGAUGUUUCCCGAGGGAGCGGGGCCCUCCGUUGAUCUGGAUGAGGUCUGUUAGCUAAGCUGGCUAGCUCAUUAGCUUAGGUGACGUUAGCUAACGUUACUUAUAUAACGUUACAAUAAACAAUAAGCUGUACAACUGUAGACUGUGGCGUUAUUGCACCUUUUGGUGCAUUAUACCGCAAUAGUGAAAUUCCGACUAUACGGUAAUCUUCUUAAGGUUGCCAAUAAUAAAUGCUAAUGCUAAUAGUUUCAACGUGCUAAUGGAAGCGUAGUGUGUCGCCUUGGAAACAUUCAUUGUGUCACGUUAUGAUGUUGUACAACCCCGACAGCAUGGUUACCUGUCAUAUAGUAUAAACAGUUAAAUCUAUAACAUAUAACACGACCAUUACUGUUUACCUGCAAAUUAUUACUAUUAUAAUAUUAUCAUUAUAUAUAUAUAGCCACUGUAUAUAAAGUAAUCUAUUACUUUCCCCCUUCAAAUCUCCACUGCCCCGUUAUGUUGUACUGAAGUAGUGAAUAACAUGUUUAUUGUAGUUUUUGUAUUCAAUAUUCAUGUUCCUUGAAUUUUGCAGUACUUUGGGUUCAUUACUAUUUCCUAGGGGCCUCUUUAGUCGUUUACGUAGUUGGUUUGCUCGAUUAAGAAUUAUUUAGUUGAUUAAACUUUGUUUUUUUCUAAAUUCCGUGCAGAAUAUAAGAAAACUUAUGUUUAGACAGUAUUUAAAUGUGUUGUGGAAAAGCACCAAGAAAAAGGGUUUCUUACCUUUAAAAGGGUUUCUUACCUUUCUUACCUUAUCUUUACAGAUAUGUCAAUUAAAUCAUCUAUUUGUUUAAUUGACUAAAUAUUAUGAGUCAGUCAACCAAAAUGUAUUUUGUCACAUAAAGCCCUAUAAUUUCCUCUGAAUAUUUUUUUAUAUAAUGCACCAAAGACCUGUGCCGCUUUGUUGUUUUUAAGCUGUAUGUGUAUCAUUCUUGUACGGUAAAUGGUUCUGUGUAUAAGUGAAUUAUGUCACUUCAGGUCUGAGUCAAGGAGCCUUUAACUGUGUGCACAUACUUAUUAUACUUAGUAUUUUUUCAGUAUUGACCCUCAUUUUAUUUAAAUAAUUCCAGUCAUAACAUCCAUCCAUCCAUUGUCAAACCGUUUAUCCUGCACGCAGGGUCGCGGGGGGGCUGGAGUCCAUCCCAGCCAACUUUGGGCGAUAAUUCAAGUCAUACCAAGAUAAUCAAAACAAAAUUUGAUAGCUAUCACAUGUCUAUUCAAAAUAGAUUUUAGCAUUUACUUAUUUAGAGACCAUUAUUUAAGAAUACAAAAUAAAACAUCAUUGUAGAUUUAUGUUUGACCACAAAUGAUGUAUACAAAAAACAAAUUUUAAAUCAGUAAUUGCUGUUUGAAUGGCUUUCUGGGUUUGCAUAUGCCUCUGCGCUGCAUGUUUGUUUUCCGGCAGGCUGGGGGAAGCACAGGACUGCUGAUGGACCUGGCCGCAAAUGAAAAAGCAGUUCACUCCGACUUCUUCAAUGUCAAACAAUGUCUCUAUAUACAUACAACGAGCCAUUGCUUACUUUUUCCUAAGAGCAAAACCACUACUUGAGCCCCUCGUGAAAUGUUGAGGAAAAUACAGACUUAUUUUUGGUUAUGCAUUGACUUAGUCCACGUUAUCUGCAGGCAUUGGCCUUCAAUCAAACCACAUCUUUUAAAACCAGAGAUGUGUGGCUAUAUUCUUUUCAACAAUGCAAUACACACAUGGUCUAUGAUUUGAUGAAAAAACAACAACUGUGUGAAUAUUUGAUGAACUGUAGUUCAAAGAUACAUUGAGUUAGUUAAGCUAUGACCAUCUUACAAUUCAUAAUAAUAAUAAUACAUUUGGUUAGUCCCCAAAGAUACAUUAUUUGCUGAAAUGCUGCAGAUUGGGUGCGUGUCCAGCAUUUCAACAAUGCUUCAUGUGCCUGUAGACGACAAAGUUUAUUACUCUGGUUAUUGCCUUCAUCUGGGACGACUUCGGGGACAAGUAGUUGGUGGUGCCGCUGGUAAUAUUACAGCGCCGUUGAAUGUUCUUCAUACUAGAAAUGCUCUGUUCCCUGCAACAUUAGUACCUCAAAGCGCUGAAAUUCAUGCUGCUCGGCAGAUUGUAAUCAAUGGAGUCUGACAUUGUUUAUUGGAGGGAUUUUUUGGGGGGAAAUAAAGAAGAGGUUUGAUUGCAAGUACUUGGAGAUGGAUGUGUCAUAAACAAAUACACAAACCCUCAUGUAGAAACAAAGAACAAUAUAGGGAGUCCUUAGUUUUGAACAAAUGUUGUUUUGUCUUGGCAGCUGUGUUGAUGUAUGAUGCAAUUUUCUUCUUGAUUUGACCGCAAACAGUCGCUGUUUUUUGAAAGUUAUUUUCAUUUGCAGAUAAAGAUAAAGCCCUACAACAGCGUUUGGCUGUACUCAUCCUCUCACUGGUUUUUACACGUAGAUAUUGUUUCAAUGCAAAUUCCUUUUGCUGCUCAGGUAAUCUGAAGUGAACUGAGCAGGAGUCAAGUCAUCUUCCAAUAGGGCAGAUUGAAUCUAUUAGAACAUGAUGCUGUUUCACUCCUGGGCGUCAGCGCGCUGCUGGUUUCACAGCAGGAAAUCUCUUUACAGGCCCCAAAACAUUCCUUUUACCCCCGUGCCCCUUUUACCGACUGCGUUUUAUAAUGUAGUGCGACCUCUUGUCCCGAGGCUCAGCUACAUCAAACGUCCACAACUUCUUGCCAUAUGCGACACAGAUUCCACACAGACUUCUCUGCAGGAGCUCUGUGGAUGUGCUUUGUAUGAGGCUAAUUUAGGGUGGCAGGCUUUAUUCCCUUCUGAUGAAGAUGUGUACCACUUAACUGUCCCUAUGCACAUUAAAAGCAGCCCCGAAAUCCCUCGGCUUACAUGUACAAAGGGAUGUUAAAUGUCGAACAAUCGUUGUCACAGUGGCUCAGUUCUUUCACACUCACAAAAGAUUUGUGGCGAUUAGUGAAACAUUUGGUCUACGGCGGUUUUGUGGAGGAAUAGUUUAGGUCCGGGUCUGUGAGAAAGAUAUUGUGUCCCAGCAGUAACAACAGAACAGAAGGAAUUUUUCACCUGACCGUACCUGUCCUACAUUGUAGAUAAGGGUUGUUUUUAUGAGGGUAAGUAUAGCCAAGUAUGUUGUUUUUUCUGUCAUGUGCGGUCUGCUUUCUAUGUUCUGAGUGUUUGAUGACACCUUUUAAAACAGCAGUCUGUGUACAGUGGAGAACAAAGGCCGUGCUAACUCUUGUGCGUAGUUGCAACGAAAUGUACCAUAUGUAGACUGACUUCAGACCGUAUUUGUUUUGAAAAGAGCAACAGAAGUCGGGCAGUACUGGCAGCACCUCGGCCCAUGUCAGAUAACCAGCGUGGCCGUCACGUGAUGCGAAUAUGUUUGGUUUGUCCGUUCUGGUGUCGUGAGGAAACAGGGCGGAGCAGCGCGACGUGAAGAGGACACCGGCUACGAACAUUCCAUUCCAUUUCUGUCAAUAGAUCACAGAAAUCGUACGUACUGGCCCUUUUAAAUGUAGGGUACGUGCAUGAACGGAGGAUGUGGCACAUAUUGCCCUUCCAGGUUCAUACACUUCUGCUGCCGACCUCUGACCUCACAAACUGUCAGACCCACAGGAUCCUUUUGCUUUUAUCACCCUGCAGCCCUCCGAGCCUCUCAACCUAUAACGCUUUAUGAGAAAAUGUCCGGCUUGCCGACGCAUUUGAAAUACAGCCUGUGUUUUAUUGUUUUUUUGGGACUGUAGUUUUAAUAAUUGUGGUAUUCGUUUCCACAAAUUUUGAGGAUCUGUUUGACGACGAUGACAUACAGUGACAGGGGCUUCGAAGUUGAUGGAUGAUAUUCUCAGCAGUCCACAUCUUUUUUUCUUUUGGGUGGAAAGCAAACCAACUAUUUGCUGUCUAAUAACAUACAAUUUCAUGUCAUAGUUGUCAGAGUUUGGGGAUUUUUUAAAACAUCCAUACAAAGUCGUCACCGGCUCCAGAUGUUGUGAAAUUCUUAGGAUCCCGAGGAUUCUUCAUAUAUGGUAUGUUAAAAUUAUGAGCUUGUAUCAUGCUCAUGUCUUUGACUGCUUCUAAACUGGAUUGCAGGUUUCAGUGCGCUGGAGAACACCUGUUGUGAGCGUAAUUAUACAUGUGAUGGGCAGAGGCUCCUAAACAUGCUGCAGAUGGCAUACGAUGCAUACGAUGUAUGAUGGCCUGCUAAAAUGGCUUUAAUUAUUUCAAUGACUAUGUCUGAUAGUCACAUAUGUUCUGUUUGGUUUUAUAUCUGCUGUGUAUCUGGUUGUGUCUGGAAUUUGCACAAAGUUUACAGCAGUCUCUGCACCUAAAGUUGUAUUUGGGACCAAAUAUCAAUAAAUAGUAUUUUGUGUAUAUAUAUGAA